AUGGUCAAAAUGGGGCGUCCGACAGUCAAAACCUCUGCUACACUAUACAUACUCAUACUGAACCUGGUUUUGAUAUCCAACCUGGCAGCCGCUUUGCCACACGCCGGAAGAGGCCGUUUGCAACUUGGUGAUGCCAUCGGGACAUACUUGCCAACAGCAAAAUUAUCACCGGCAGACUUGUCCUUCGCACCGCAGCCACAGUACAUCACAUUGACACCACCCAUAAGACGGCUGGAACAUCAGCAGGAAGCAGAGGUGGCAGCUUUGCCGUUGAUCGGAGAAAAGGCGUGUGGACGGGGUACAGUCAACGGGCGGACGGAAAAGCAGACUCUCAUUGAGGACUGGAGGGCAUGGAGGCUCCAGUUUGGCCUGCAGACGAUGCGGAGGAGCUGCCGGAUGGAAAAGAGAGGGUGUGCAAGAAUCCGGAAAAUGCGUUGA